AUGGUUGGAAGGGGGAGGGAGAAGGGGGAGGAGGAGGAGGAGGAGGAGGACGAGGAGCUCGGCAACGGCUACAAAGGUGCCACCACAUUAAACAUGCAUCAAGCAAGCUCCAAACGAGUUAGGGGGGGUCAAAAUCCUCCCCGGGCGGCACAACCUGCCGGCGGCGCUCUUGCGCUCGAAGCCCGAGCGACUCCGCCUCUUCCCGAGAGCGGAAGCCAAAAAGUGACAGGCCUCGCAGAAGGUCGACCCCAGUCCCCGUCCAAGCACACCCACCCCCGCCCGACAUGGACGCAA